AUGUUCUCGUUCCACUCACUCAUUCUCAACCAGUUUCUCCGCGCAGGUCCUCAGUUGCCUCCCCAUCUGGCCGCUGCUUCAUCGUCCUCGUCGUCGAGGUCAGCUGCCGGCCCUCAACUACCUCCUCAUGUCACAGCGGGCCCUUCACGACCAUCUACACAAACCGUUGGACCUAGUCUUCCCCCAUCAGCUCCCACAGCCGCUGGACCGUCUUUUCCCGCGCCGGUGCAAGAUGACGACGACUCGGACGACGACUAUGGCCCUUCGCUUCCACCCGAUCUAGCCGCCGCCCGGACGACCACCACCUCAAGUAUCGCGGCAGGUCCAUCAGCAGCUCCAGAUGCACCUACGAGGAAGAUCCUCGGACCCACGCUGCCCUCUGACUACCGCCCGUCAGCUUCGGUCUCAGGGACCGCGUCCUCCUCUGCUGCUUCUCCACCACUGCGACCGUACAAGAAGGAAACGCCCCUUUCGAACCUUUACUCGGACGAUGACGACGAUGCGUUCGGACCGAUGCCUUUACCUGCCGGCGCAUCGGGCUACUCGGAGGAGAACGAAGGUGUGCGUUUGGUGCGAGAGCGCGAAGAGAGGCAGAGGGAACGCGAGAGGGAGGCCGAGAGGAAGAAGAAUGAGAAGCCGAAACGAGUGGAGUGGAUGAUGGUCCCUCCCAAGGACCUGGACCUCAUGUCGUGUAAGAUUCAAAACUGAAUCAGAGUCUCGAGUCAGAGAGGUGCUGAUCCUCCCUAACGGUUCCGUGCCCCAACCCAGCCCUGGACCCGACCAAGCUCAAGUCACGAGGGUUCCAGCAGAUGGCCGGCAAAGGCAUGGCCCAUGGCAGUGCGGGCAAACCCAACCCCGAAGACGUGAACCUAUGGACCGAAACACCGCAAGAGAGGCAGAAACGACUCGAGGACGAGAUGAUGGGGAGGAAGCGAAAAGCCGAAAUUUCGAACGGCGGUGGAGGUGCCGGUCAGCCUGAAGAGACGGAUGAGCAGAGGAGAAAGAGGAUGAGGGACCAGCAGUUGCGUGACGAGGUCGAUCGACACAAUGUGAGUCCGGUAUUCGUAUCACGACUUGGGUUCCGUAUGUGCUGCUGUGUGGACGCGCGCAGUCCUUUGUGAGCCUGCCGAAUUAGCCGCUGAUCAUGGGAUUCCCCCUGCACUUCUGUUGAUAGAAAUCUUCACGCAAUGCGACACUGCUCGACCAACAUGCCAAGUCGUCCAGAUCCAAGGAAAAGGACGACAAGGCGCCGCCGGGGAUCUGGGACCAUGACCGGGACAUGAGCGUCGGAGGACGGUUACUGGAUGACUCGAAGCGUUCGGACAUGAUCAAGAACGCCCGGGAUCUCGGUGGACGCUUCGGAGGGGGAAGCUACUUGUAA